CUUAUUAGUUGGAUCUUUACUAAAGAGGUUUGCAAAGCAGGGGAAAAAAAAACAAGCCAGGUUCCUUGGACCCUGAAAAGUAUUUGCUCAGCCUCUGCGAUGAUGUUCCCAAGUCUCAUAGCUCCUCCGGCUGUGUACCCGAGUCUCCUGCGGCCAACUCCUACUUUAACUUUGCCUCAAUCUCUGCAGUCAGCCUUUUCUAGCCAUUCUAGCUUCUUGGUGGAAGAUUUGAUCAGGAUCAGCAGGCCUGCCAGUUACCUGCCUAGGAACGGCCCUCCGCCUAGCAUGUCCCCUCCAGCCUCCGGGACCAACACAGCCAGGACAGACACGGUGACAUCAGAGCUCGUCAGCUGCAACACCUCUAGCGCUAGGAGGGUCUGUUCCCCGCAGACUCCAGUCUCAUCCAAUAACGAUUCCACUUUCCUGAAGUUUGGAGUCAACGCCAUCCUCUCGUCCACUCCUAGAGCUGAAACCUCCCCUGCGUUGCUUCCGAGUGUCCCUCCAAAGACAUUCUCCUUUCCAUACUUUGAAGGAUCCUUCCAGCCUUUUAUCAGAUCUUCUUAUUUCCCAGCGUCCUCCUCGGUGGUGCCUAUCCCUGGCACUUUCUCCUGGCCCCUGGCUGCUAGAGGGAAGCCCCGCAGAGGGAUGCUUCGCAGGGCAGUCUUCUCGGACGUGCAACGCAAAGCUCUGGAGAAAAUGUUUCAGAAGCAGAAGUACAUCAGCAAACCAGACAGGAAAAAGCUGGCAGCCAAACUGGGGCUCAAAGACUCGCAGGUGAAGAUCUGGUUCCAGAACAGAAGGAUGAAGUGGAGGAACUCCAAAGAGAGAGAGCUCCUCUCCUCCGGGGGCUGCAGGGAACAAACCUUACCCACCAAGUUCAACCCUCACCCAGACCUCAGCGACGUGGGCAAGAAAUGUUCAGAGGAGGAGGAGGAGGAAGAAGAAGUGUCCCCUCUGUGCCCAGCCAGCCCUCGGCACACCCUGACCUACCACCAGUCCCCACAGCACCUACACUUGAGGGACAGACUGGACUCCCAGAUGCCCCCCUCUCCAUCCCACUCCAGCAGCCCCAGCAAACCUUCAGACUUCUCAGACUCGGAGGAAGAGGAUGAUGAGGGGGAAGAGGAAGAGGAGGAGAUCACAGUCUCUUAGAUCUCCUGCCUGCCCCCACCGCAACAGGGGACUUUGCAAAGAUGUAAAUCAAAUAGAAAUAUAGACGCGCUAUAAAAUUGAAGAGGUGGUGUCCCUCCUGAAUGUCUACAUCGUUCUCACAUGCAGGUUAUUUACGGCAUAGCCAGGUCUGUCUACACUUACACUCCUUUCCUUGUCUAUUUGCUCUGCUUAUCAGGCCUUGUAUACAUAGCAUCCAUUCCUCUCUCUCUUUGUAUGUAUGUUUAGCAACCAAACUUGUAUGAUGUUGCAUUUUCCCUAUUCAAGCCACAGACAAGAUAAUUGGAACACCCUAUUUUGGAAGGCAUGCUUGGUAUAUAGCAAGGGGGAAGUAAUAAAAUGGAGCGGGGACUGUGGUUUCUAGACAAAAUCAUGGUAAACGCUGUAAUCCUUUUAUUAGAUUUCAAGAGAACUCCUUGCUAUUAUUAAGUUAUGGAAAUGAUGGAAGCUGUAUGGUCUGAUCCUGGAACCCUUGUUUUCAUGAGUAGUCCUUACACAUGUGAGUAAUCCCUGUGGAACUAUUCAUGGACCAGACCCCGCUCCUCUUAAUCACAUCCAGUAGCACCAUACUCCAAGUAGGUCAGUGGGACACAUUUGGAGUAUGUUGUUACUUAAUUCAGAGAACCUAGACCCUCAUAAGCAAGAACUAACUGGCAUGAACAAGGGUUUCAAAGCUGGGAUCUAUGUGUUUAUAUUUUAAUUGGUGCAGCAAUUAAAGCACUCUCUAAACCACUUUUGGUCCACACAUCUGUGAUCAAUUUCUACAUUGCUUCUAGUAUAGGUUAAAUGUGGAUGGAGGAUAAUGGAUAUGCCUCUUUGAUUUUUGACUGAACUUUGCUGUCUUUGCACAGCUUUUAUGAACUGUACACUAUUUUGUACACUUACGCUGUAUGGAUGUUUUAUACCAAGGUUAUUGUGAAUGAGUAUAAAGAUGGACUGAUAAGAUUUCUCUCAUUUUUUCCCCAUGGUUUUUAAACUAAAAAAGUAGCUGUUUAACUGUGUAACUUAUAAAAAAACACUUAUUUUGUAUUUUAUGUGUACAGAUUUUAAAUAUGUAUAUAUAAUAAAUGGAAUGAA